GCCCUCAAUAUAAGAAGGCAAUUUAUCUGGAAUAUACAGAUUCUACAUUCAGAGAAGUAAAACCGAAGCCUGCUUGGAUGGGUCUUUUGGGCCCCAUCGUCCAAGCCGAAGUCUAUGACAAGGUGGUUGUGACCUUUAAGAAUAUGGCUUCCCGUCCCUUCAAUAUCCAUGCUAAAGGAGUAUCUUAUUGGAAAUCUUCUGAAGGGGCAGGCUAUGAUGAUUGGACCAGCCAGCUAGAGAAAAAAGAUGAUGCUGUAGAACCUGAUCACACUCAUGUCUAUGUGUGGGAGAUCUUAGAAGAUCAAGGGCCAACUGGAUCGGAUACACACUGCUUAACUUAUGCCUACUCCUCUCAUGUGGACAGCGUCAGGGAUAUUAACUCUGGAUUGAUUGGACCACUGCUGGUCUGUAAGCCAGGUAAGAUCAGUAUAAAAUCCGGGGGCAAAAUACAAGAAUUUGUGCUGCUGUUUUCUGUAUUUGAUGAAGAUUACACCCCUUGA